GAAAAGCUGGUCCUUGUAAAGGCAGUUUGCACAAACUUUCGCAUGUUUCUUUCAGCUUCGCUUUCCAUCUGUUUGCUGGCUUUUCUUUCCAUGGAUCUCGCGUUUAAGCUGCAGAUUCAAGGCUUUACCACUGAACCUGCAGUCCCAGAAGGUUCAGAUUUGCUCCCAUCAACAGUUCAAGUAAUUCUGGGAACCUCUACAACUUUUGUGGUGUUGACAAGCAGUGACCAAGACCUGAAAACUGCCACCCCACUAACAGAAACUGAGUUUUCUGCCACCACAGAAAUAUAUCCCACAAAUGGUAAUGGAAUUGAAGAUCUGCAUCCUGCUUUGAUAUAUGGAGUCCCUGCAGCGUUCGUAUUAGUCCUACUUGUUCUAUUGAUCUUUUUCAUCAUAAGACGUCGUAAACGGAAGCAACUCAAACAAGAGGAACUGGGGAGUGAAAACUGUAAAAGUCCUAUUUUUGAAGAAGAUACUCCCUCUGUAAUGGAAAUAGAGAUGGAAGAACUUGAUAAAUGGAUGAACAGCUUGAAAAAAAAUGCGGAAUGUGAAUAUCUGACUCCUGUGAAAGAAGAAAAGGACCUGAAUGCAAAAACCAGUGACUGUGAAUCAUGAAGAUGACACUACCUGAUUUAAAAGAAGAGACACACCAAAUUUAGAUUCCUGAGAUCCUGCAUGGCCAGGACAUGAAUCUCAAUGUCCAUCUGCUGCCAAAAGGAAUGCAUUUGGCUGUUCCUGUGAUUAUUGUUCAUCCUAAUGACAGCAUCCGUUCUGCAGAACAGAGAUCCUGAAGUUUACUGAUGUGCAAUUCAGAAGAAGCGUGUAGAAAACAAUCUUCUUGCAGACAUUUUUCAGAGCAAUUCCCUUUUUUUUCUUGAAAAUAUGUAUGGUCUAUUUGUAAGUUUGCCCAUUAUCAGAGGCGUAUCUAGGGAAAAUGUAGCCAGGUGAAAAAUCUGAGCCCCCCCCCCCCCCCCCGCCACACUGUAUGGGCGCCCUCCCUCCUCCACCAUGACCAAACAACUUUUUUUGCACCAGGUCAUCUCAUCCGGGGGGGGAUGGAGGGGGAGGAGGAUGGGGGGAAUUUUUGAUCCCAUAUAUCCCCUGGGUGAUAUGCCCCUGCCCAUUAUAGAAAUGUUCACUUGAUUUUGAAAUGUUGAAUGAAUCACAGUAGUUAUGUACUAUUAAAGUAACUUAAUCUCC